AUGCUCCGUGUGUUCUCAUUGCUGAUUCCUUUAGUUAUCUUUAUCUGGACGGCGUACCAGACAUGCAUCUUCAUCGGCUUUGCGAGACUUUCGGCCGAGAAUUUGCUCACCUUUGCCAUCCAGCGCGCCCAGCUCGACGGCCUGCGCAAGGACAAGACGGGCGCCCAGGUGCAGGAAGAGCACGGCAUACAAUUCGACCUGGACAGGGUGGUGGGCGACGGCGGGCUGGAGCUGGCGAGGGGGGACCGGGUCCUCUGCCACGUGAGCGCCCCCGCCUCCAGCGGCGGGCCUGGCAGGGCCUUUGCGUCCCGCGUCGAGGUGCUGGAGUUCUCGGAGUCCAGGCCCGCCAGGCGCCUGGCUACGGUCCUCCGCGUCCUGCGCCGCGUGGCGGAUCAAGUGCUGCAGGUCGCCACCAGCCGGCCGCUCUGGAGCCUGCUGGCCUCGCUCGUGCAGCAGCUGCAGAGGGCACACAGCCGCGGCUGCUGUGUGGACGAGGACGCCCCGAGGCCAGUGGAGGUGCGUUGCGAUGGAGACCAGGUGGCCCUUGAAGUUGCCGUCCAGGUCCGUGACGAGACGAAAGCAGAGAGGGACGAUGUCCCUUACGAGAGGGGUCGCGUCGCGAUAGACGAGCUGCGCUUCACGCACGCCGUCAUCAGCGGUAAGUUUCGGGAUGGCAGGGCUCCAGAAGACCUUCUGGGGGAGCUCAAGCGAGGCAGGGUGGCCCUUGACGACGACCGGCUCACACUGGACGUGGUCAGAUUUCGUGGAAGCUACUGGUCGCUGAACAAUCGGCGCCUCUGGGUCCUGAAGCGCUUCCAGCAGGAAUACUUGUUCGCCCGCCUGAAACAAGAGAGGUCGGCCACUGUACCGGUCCGCAUCUUCCGGCCCUGCCGCUUGACCGCAAGCUUCAUCCUGGCUGUCUCGGCGCUGCGCUCUGCGGAUGGCCCCCAGGCGUCGCGUGUUCGCAGCCUGCUCCGCGAGCUCGCGCGUGACCCGGAGGCGCGGGCGCCGCGCCAGCCCCCUGCUGGCUGGGGGCUGCCCUCUGCGGAGGAGCGGCAGGCGGCGCCAUCGUCGGGCCAGCGGGGCGAGGCUUACGCCGUCGUGGAGCCGCAAGCCACCCCCGGCGAGCCGCCGCAGCCGGGCGCUGCCGUGCGGGCUCUCGGUGCCCGAGGCCGCUCGCAGGCCGCUGGCAGCCUGCGUGCCCUGUGCCCCGUCACGGCGAAGCUCGUCCUGGCGCACUCCACGGAGAUGCGGGAGAACGCGGGCGACUCCGUGCAGAUGCGGCCCCAGCUACCCCGGUCGGCCAGCAACGGCGAGAGCUCCCUGCACGCCCUGGUCCAGGUGGCCAUGGCGGCCGCCGCCUGCUGCGGCCGGCUCCUCGGCACGGCAGCGAGGGACGCGCUCGCAGCUGCGGCCGAGGCGCUGCUCACGCCAGAGGAGAGCUCCCCGGCCCUCCAGCUGCUCCAGAGGAGCGCACUGGCGCGGGUCGCCCCGAGCCACGCGAACCUCGCCGCCCCGCUGCUGCGCGAGGCGGCGCUCGGGCUCGACCCUCACGGCGGGGCCGCCCGACACCAAGCCGCGGCGCGCCUGGCGGUGCAGCUGGCGGAGCUGUACGAGCAGGUCACGAGACCGCUGCUGCACCCAGCGCUCGCUGCCUCGCAGCACCGGCCGUGGCACCGGCUCCUCCUCGUGCCGGAGCGCUUCGAGUUGGAGGGUGCCCGGGGCGCCGCGGCCGCCUCGCCCAGCGCCCUCGCGUCGCGCGGGCGGUGCACCGCAGAUUCCGCCGCUCUGCCCAGCGUGCUCGUCGGCCAGCCGUACCCGAGCGCGCACGCGUACUUCGACACAUACUUCCGGCUCCUGCGGGAGGACGGCCUCGCCGCGAUGCGGAGGGGGGUCGCGCGGGAGUUGGCCAGCGAGGCAGGGCAGGGCAGCGGGGAGGAGGCGCCAGCCUGCAGCGCCGCGAUCCGGGGUGUCACGCUGGACGGAGGCGAGGAUGCCGGGCGAGCCGGCUCACAGCUCCUCGUCGUGGUGGAGGUCCAGGACUUCCCCGCCCAAGCCGGGCGCCGCCCCGGCUGGGCUUUCCGCAGGCUCGCCCCGAGCCUCAUGCCGGGCAACUUGUGCGCCCUGCUUCUCCCUGGGGACGGCGCCCAGUCGCGCGUGGUGUGGGCGUUGGUUGCCUGCGCGGACGCCGCCGAGAGGCGCCUGCUGCUCGGGCUGUACCGGGCCGAGGCAGAGUCGAUGCAGCGGGGGAUCGGGCACAUCUUGCGGUGGGAGCACGUCGUGCUCCUGGCCUCUCCGGCCUACUUUCGCUCGUACGAGCCCGUGCUGGCCGCGCUGCAGCGCGAGGACCCCGAGGAGAUGCCCUUUCGCGAGGAGCUCGUCGCGUGCGUUUGGCCCGAGGAGCCCCAGCCACGGCGCGUCAGAGGGGAUGCCAACUUCAAGCAGGGCGUGUUCCGCUUGACCUCCCCAGAGGGUGCCGGAGCCCUGGCCGCCUCGCGCCAGUUCCUGCUCGUGGGGGUGUCCGAGGCGAACAGGGCGCAGUGCUUCCGCCCCAGCUCCACGGAGGCCGUGCGGAUCUCCCACCCGCUGGCGGGCGAUACCUUUGACCUCAGGGCCACCUUCUCGGAGCCCGGCGCAGGAGGCAGAGCGGAGCCCGUCCUGCGGAUUGAGAACCGCGGUCAGGGCUACAUCUCGGUGGCCAGGGAGUGUCAGGAGCGCGAGCAGGCGGCGAAUGAGCCGGGCUGCGGGGAGGCCGUGUUCAUGGUCCCGUCGGGCUUGGUCGGGAAGGUGAUUGGCAGGAAGGGCACCACAAUCAAGCUGCUGCAGGCGAAGUCGGGCGCCUCCCUUGCGGUCGAGGCCUCCCAGGGCGAGGCCUCGGCCGCCAUACGACUCUCUGGCGCUGCAGGCGCCGUGGCCAAGGCCCAGGCGCUGCUGCAGGCCCUGGUCGGCAGCUCGGAGCUGCGAGGAGGGGCCGCGGCGCCGAGAGCGCGGCGCGGCGCUGGGAGCUGGCGGAUUCUCGGCGUCGGGGGCAUCCCGCCCGGCGGAUGCGGCACUGCGAGGUUGGGCGAUCAUCUCCUGGCGAAGUCUGGGGGGCGCGGCACAGAUGAGCUGAGGUACGCGGUUGUGGAUCGGACGCGGUGCCUGGCGGGCGCCAUGGCUGCGCUGAGACAGCAUGGGCAGGCCGAGGCCGUUGGGGAUGGUGCGAGGCCCGAGGCAGCUGAGAGGACCGACCACAAUGCCACAGGCGCUGCCGCCGAGUCGCAGACAGCCUGCCAGGCCGAGGCAGGUGGCGCCCCGGUGCUGGACCCCAGCCAGGCCAAGGCGGUGUUGCAUGCCCUCCAGAACCGCGUCGCGGUCAUCCAGGGGCCGCCCGGGACGGGGAAGACGUUCGUGGGUCAGUGCAUAGUGGAGCUGCUGGCGCCGAGCAACCGCAUCCUGAUCCUCACCUACAAAAAUCAUGCCCUCGACGAGUUCCUGAGGCCGUGCGUGGAGCGCCACCCGCUGGAAGUCGCGCGCAUCGGGGGCGGCGCGGACCCGCAGCUGGAGGCCAGGCAGCUGCGGACGCUGAGGUCGCAGCUGUACGGCAAAGACGCGCCCGAAGCAGUCGCCGGCAGUGAAUGGGGAAGCCUGCGGUCGCGGCAGAAUUUUGUGCGGGAGAAGUUGCGCGUUUCCCGGCAGGAGGUCUAG